ACUUAUUUCACUUUUAACAGCUGCCUUUCCAGUUAGGCAAAUAUCUUGUACUUUGAUACUCCCUUCUUUCCUUCUCACCUUCCAUAUGUUCCCCAAAUUUAAUUCCAACAAAUUAAAUCAAUUAAUCACUUUUUCUAUAAGAAAAACCAUUAAAAUAAAUAAAGAAACAACCAUUCAUUUUCCUCCACACUACCAAACUCCUCUCAUCAGUCAUCCCCCAUUCAUAUAAAACCCUUCCCAAACCUUCUUAAACCAACACCCACACAAAAUUCAACUCAUCCCAAAAAUUACAAGUCAUUAAAUUGAAAAAAAAAAUGGCUUUAAUUUCUCCAAAAAAGCUUAGAAAUGAUCUUUAUUCAUACUCAUACCAAGAUAGCUCAGCCACACCAUUAGUCAUCUCUGUACUCUCGUCACUCAUUGAGAGGACAAUGGCCCGGAACCAGAGGAUAUCCAAGAACUGUAAAUGGGCCUCGCUUUCGGGCCCGGCCCGUUUUUUCGAUUCCGACGAGACGCCUGACAUGAGCGUCCAGUCCUAUCUAGAGAGGAUUUUCCGCUACACGCGGGCCGGCCCGCCGGUUUACGUCGUUGCUUACGUGUACAUCGAUAGGUUCUGCCAGCUGUACCCGGAAUUCCGGGUCGGGGCCCGAAAUGUGCAUAGGCUGCUCAUCACCACUAUCCUUGUCGCCUCCAAAUAUGUUGAGGACAUGAAUUACAGAAAUUCAUAUUUUGGUCGAGUUGGGGGAUUGGCCACACAAGAAAUGAACAAAUUGGAGUUUGAAUUUUUGUUCUUGAUGAAAUUCAAAUUCCAUGUGAAUGUGAGUGUUUUUGAGAGCUAUUGCAGCCAUUUGGAGAGGGAAGUUAGCAUUGGAGGAGGUUACCAAAUUGAGAGGACUUUAAGGUGUGCUGAGGAGAUUAAGGCUAGACAAGGCCAAGAGUCAACAUACAAUGAUCAAGCUACUAGAAUUUUGCUCUAGAUUUUUUGUUUUGAAGAUACUUCAGUGUGCAAGAAAAUGGGUAUAUAAGAAGAAAUUUGAAACCAAAUUGUACAUAAGCUUGUAAAUUUUGUGUAUUUCUUCUUGUAGAGAUUAUUAAUUGAUGUGCCUCCUUAUGGAUGAAUUUUGGGCUUCAAAUAUGCAUAGUCAUACUUUAAACACCAUAAGUGUAAGAUUCAAUAGUAUAAGUUUACAUUUGUGUUCAUACAGUAUGACAGGUCGAACUAACUAAUGAUUGUAUUAUACAAUGAUUUGUUUGUUUUUAUAACCUCAUAUGUGAAACGUAC